AUGGACGAGAUUGAUAGAAGAGGUUUUAUUCCUGAGGCUUUGAUUGAGAACGAGACAAAGUGGUUCUACAACAACCUCGGAAUCGACGACUCGUACUUUGCUACCGAGUCUAUUGACAGCAUUGUCAGUUAUAUCCACUCGCUGUAUGCCGCCAAGGUCGCUGCUUAUGCCCGAGACGAUAAGAAGCUUGUGAUUCGAUUGGACCGUGAGUCGGAAGACCAUGCGGUUUAUAUUGAUACUUCGACUCCUGGAGUCACGAAUCUCGACGGUCCUCGUUACGAGAAGCGUAUUGACGAGAAGUAUCUGACUCCUUCUACUCCAGAAAAUGCUUAUCGUUUGGAGACAUUCCGAUCUGUGGGAGCUGCUAUUGAUACUUCGGGAGUGGCUCAGAAUCUGCGUUGCUACUUUGUUUACAAGUGUAAUUUCCCAUCUACCAAGGAACCCGUUUCUGAGAACGAGACUGAUUUGUUGAAGAUCUCGGACAAGGCUUUCUAUGAAAAGGCCACGGAUCGAACCAAGAUGUUCUACCAAUCGAUUAUUUCCCAGGUGGUUCGUCGUACUGGUCCAGUUAUUGAACUGUACGAAGUCGACGGAUCUCGCGAACGUAGAAUAAUUAUCGGUUAUAGACAGGGCUCGACUCCUGGUUACUUUGCUGCAUUGAGUGAUUUGUAUCAUUACUACGGUUUGACCUCGACUAGAAAGUAUGUCGAGCAAUUUGCCAAUGGAGUUACCAUUGUGUCACUUUACUUGGUGCCUACUAAUGCUCCUCAGACUGCUCGUACUUUGGAGGAGCUUAAGGCUCUUAAACAGUUUCCUCCUAUUGAGAGCUCGAUCCACCAGAUUGUCAAAGAGGCCAGUUUGCUGUACUGUGUUCCUCAAAACACAUUCCAAGACCAUUUUGCCAAGGGCGAUUUGUCUCUUCAAGAGUCUGCUUAUGCCCACUGCGGAUUCAUCUUUGUUUCUCACUUUUUGAACCGAUUGGGUUCGGAAUAUACAACUUUGAUGAGUGUGUUGGACUUGAACAACAGUUCUCAUGUCGAGGUUAUGGAGAGAUUGAAGAGACGUUUGCGUUCGGAAACGUUUACUAGAGAGUACAUUCAGGAGAUUAUCAAUUCUAAUAUUGACGUGAUUCGUCAAUUGUACUUGCAAUUUGCUAAUGAUCACUAUGUUCAAUCUCACGGUGAAGGUGAUGGGUUCUUGCCUACUUUAUCAUACCAACGUCUUCAAACCCAGUCUGUCAUGUCUUCUGAAGAGCUUGAAAGCUUUAUUCGUCGUACUGCCACAAAUGACCACGAGGUGCUUGUUUUGGAGGCUUUGUUGAGAUUCAAUAACCAUGUUUUGAAGACCAACUUCUACACCCCUACCAAGGUAGCUCUGUCAUUCCGUCUCAAGCCAGAUUUCCUGCCCAGCAGUGAGUACGCUCAACCUUUGUUUGGAAUGUUCUUGGUGGUUGGACAGGAGUUCCGAGGAUUCCACUUGAGAUUCCGUGACAUUGCCAGAGGUGGUAUUCGAAUUGUCAAGUCGCGUAACAAGGAAGCUUACUCGAUCAAUGCCCGUUCGUUGUUUGAUGAGAACUAUAACCUGGCUAAUACUCAACAGAGAAAGAACAAAGAUAUUCCUGAAGGAGGUGCCAAGGGUGUCAUCUUGCUCAAUAAUGAGCACCAAGACAAGGCUACCCAGGCCUUCCAAAAGUACAUUGACGCUAUUCUUGACCUGUUGCUUCCAGGAGUUACUCCCGGUAUCAAGGAUGCUAUUGUUGACAAGUACGGAUCAAGCGAAAUUCUGUUCAUGGGUCCUGAUGAGAACACUGCUGGUCUUGUAGACUGGGCUACUGAGCACGCUAAGAAGCGUGGUGCUCCAUUCUGGAAAUCGUUCUUCACUGGUAAGAGUCCUGAACUCGGUGGUAUUCCUCAUGACGAAUACGGUAUGACGUCGUUGUCGGUGCGUGAAUAUGUCAAAGGUAUCUACCGCAAACUUGAAAUUGACCCCAGUCAGAUCAAGAAGUUGCAAACUGGAGGACCCGAUGGUGAUCUUGGAUCCAACGAGAUUCUGCUUUCGAAUGAAAAGUACGUGUCUAUUGUUGAUGGAUCGGGUGUUAUUUGCGAUCCUAAUGGACUCAACCACAGCGAGCUUGUGCGUCUGGCCAAAACGAGACAGAUGAUUAGCGAGUUUGAUAUCAGCAAACUCAGUUCGGACGGUUACCGUGUGCUUGUUGACGACAAGGACGUCAAACUGCCUAAUGGCACUAUUGUUGAGAACGGUACUACUUUCCGUAAUUUGUACCAUUUGAUUGCUGCUGACGAGGUCAAGGACUUGCAAGUAUUUGUUCCCUGUGGAGGCCGUCCUGAAGCCAUUGAUGUUAACAAUGUUGGCAAGCUAAUUGACGAGAAUGGCAAGUCCAAGAUCCCUUAUAUUGUCGAGGGAGCCAACUUGUUCAUUACCCAGAAUGCCAAGCUCCGUUUGGAGGCUGCUGGCGCUAUCAUGUUUAAGGAUGCUUCUGCCAACAAGGGAGGAGUCACCUCAUCAUCACUUGAAGUUCUUGCUUCAUUGGCACUUAACGAUACCGAGUUCUACGAGAACAUGUGUGUUCACAACGGAAUCGUGCCCCAAUUCUACAAGGACUAUGUCAAGGAAGUACAAUCGAUUAUCCAGAACAAUGCCAGAUUAGAAUUUGAGGCUAUCUGGAGAGAACACCAAUUGACCAAGAAGACCAAUUCGUUGUUGUCAGACGAACUUUCACACGCCAUCAACGACCUGACUGAAGAGUUAUCCAAAUCGAACCUCUGGCAAGACGAGGAGUUCCGUAACUCGAUUCUCGGCGAAGCUCUUCCCAAGGAACUCGUCAAGAAAGUGGGACUCGAGACCAUUCUCGAACGCGUGCCCGACUCGUACCUCAAAGCCAUCUUCGGCUCGUACCUUGCCGGCCGCUUUAUCUAUGAACACGGCGCCAGUCCCUCGCAAUUCGCCUUCUUCGAGUACAUGGUCGAGAAGAGAAAGUCCGCUGCUCCUGCUACUCCUGCUACUGCUGUCGCUAACUAA